AUGUGUCACCCAGGAUUCAGAAAAGCAAUAGGAGAAGGAUAUCACAUUUGCUGCUAUGACUGUAUCCCAUGUUCAGAAGGAGAAUUUACCAAUGUAUCAGCUAUAUUCUCAGUUCUUGUUACUACUCUCAUAAUUGCAAUAUUUAUCUCAUUCCGAGACACCCCCAUUGUUAAAGCUAAUAAUAGGAACCUGAGCUUUGUCCUCCUGGUCUCCCUCAAACUGAGCUUCCUCUGCGUGUUUUUGUUCAUUGGACGCCCGUUGGAUAUAACCUGCAUGAUACGUCAUAUUUCCUUUGGAACUACUUUUUCCGUAGCUCUGUCUUGUGUGUUGGCCAAGACCAUCAUGGUUUGUAUUGCCUUCAAAGCCACAAAACCUGGCAGCACCUGGAGAAAUUGGGUGGGACUGAAGAUGUCCAAUGCCGUUGUCUUGGUCGGCUCCUGCGGUCAGGUUCUGAUCAGUGUCAUUUGGUUGUUACUCUCUCCCCCAUUUCAGGAAUUAGACAUGCACGCCGUUACUGGGAAAAUCAUUGUUCAAUGUAAUGAAGGUUCUCUCUUGGCCUUUUUCUGUAUGUUGGGUUACAUGGGGCUUCUGGCAGCUGUGAGUUUUGUUCUAGCUUUCAUGGUACGGACAUUGCCAGACAACUUUAAUGAAGCCAAAUACAUCACAUUCAGCAUGCUGGUGUUCUGCAGUGUGUGGGUCUGUGCUAUACCGGCCUAUCUGAGCAGCAAGGGAAAAAACAUGGUAGCUGUAGAGAUAUUUGCUACUCUGGCUUCAAGUCUUGGAAUUGCAACAUGUAUAUAUCUCCCAAAAUGUUUUAUUAUUCUGUUUAGAGCUGAACUUAACACUAAACGACAUCUUUUACAUAAAAACUUUUCAUAA